GACACACACACUCUGAGAGACGGAGGAUAAGAUCCAGCUUCAGACUAAAACCUCCACUUUGACUGAAAGAGGACAACUUCAGGAGAUUACUGGGAAUACUGGAACAGCUCCACUUCACCAGCUGCUGAAUCCACAAACUGAACGACAGUUUUACAGGAAAGUGAAAGUAACUUUGAGAGAACAGGGAGUGGCUGAGCUGUUUGUCUGCUGUGUUUUCAGCUUCACUCAGAGACUAAAUGGCUUCCAGAUUAGAGGAGGAUCUCUGCUGUUCUGUCUGCCACGAGAUCUUUAAAGAUCCUGUUCUUCUGUCAUGCAGCCACAGCUUCUGUAGAGACUGUCUGCAGAGCUGGUGGACGGGGAAACCAACCAGAGAGUGUCCCGUCUGUAAGAGAAGAUCUUCAAAGGUUCUUCCACCUUGUAACCUGGUGUUAAAGAACCUGUGUGAGAGUUUCUUACAGGAGAGAGAUCAGAGAGCUUCAGAGGCUCUCUGCAGUCUGCACUCUGAGAAACUCAAACUCUUCUGUCUGGACCAUCAGCAGCCAGUGUGUCUCGUCUGCAGAGACUCAGAAAAACACUCCAAGCACACAAUCAGACCCAUCGAUGAAGCUGCACAACAACACAAGAAGAAACUUCAGGAAACUCUGGAGCCUUUAAAGAAGAAGUUAGAGGUUUUUAAAGAAGUUAAAGUGAAGUUUGAUCAAACAGCAGAACACAUUCAGGUCCAGGCCCGACGCACAGAGACGCAGAUUAAGGAGCAGUUUAAGAAGCUCCACCAGUUUCUAGAAGAGGAAGAGGAGGCCAGGAUGGCUGCACUGAGGGAGGAAGAGGAGCAGAAGAGUCAGAUGAUGAAGGAGAAGAUGGAGGCUCUGAGCAGAGAGAUAGCAGCUCUUUCAGACACAGUCAGAGCCACAGAGGACCAGCUGAGAGCUGAACACGUCUCAUUCCUGCAGAACUACAAGGCUGCAGUGGAAAGAGUCCAGCAGCGCCCCCUGCUGGAGGAUCCACAGCUGCCCUCAGGAGCUCUUAUAGACCAGGCCAAACACCUGGGCAACCUGGCCUUCAACAUCUGGAACAAGAUGAAGGACCUGGUCUCCUACAGUCCUGUUGUUCUGGACCCAAACACUGCUGAUGCAGAACUCAUCCUGUCUGAAGAUCUGACCAGUCUGAGACGAGGAGAGAGACAGCAGCUUCCUGAUAAUCCAGAGAGGUUUGAUGGUCUUUAUAUCUGCUCUGUUCUGGGCUCUGAGGGCUUUAACUCAGGGACUCACAGCUGGGAGGUCCAGGUUGGAGACAAUACAAGCUGGUUACUGGGUGUGUUAGCAGAGUCUGUCCAGAGGAAAAGAGACAUAGAGUCUGGAUUAUGGACAAUACUGUUCGAUGAAGAUAGAUACUCAUCAUAUUCACCAUCAGAUGGAGGAACUGCUCUCGUAGUGCAGAAGAAGCCUCAGAGGAUCAGAGUGAAUCUGGACUGGAACAGAGGAAAGCUGUCGUUCUCUGAUGCUGACACCAACACACACAUACACACCUUCACACACACUUUCACUGAGACGAUGUUUCCAUUUUUUUCCAAUUAUGAUCAGAAGAAUCUGCAGGUUUUACCACAGAAGGAGGAGCAGAAGGAGGAGCAGAAGGAGGAGGAGCAGAAGGAGGAGCAGGAGUCAGACAGACGCAGGGAACAACAUUUAAAACCUCUAACUUUACACUUUUACACACGUUUCAUACAGAAACAAGCAGAUUUGAGUGAAUCCUUGUUUUACUGUGAAGAUCUUUUAUUAAUACAUUUUAUUCAUGGACGCCUUUAUAAACACCAGGAGGCUGAAAAUUAAACGUUUCAGACCUCCAAAGGUUCAUUUUAAACAUUACAGAACUAUUAGGACUGUGUGUUGUGUUACUCUGUGUGUGUUCUUGUACUUCCUACAUAGUGAGGACCGGGACACGUUUUUAACCAACAGAGUGAGGACAUUUCAGCCGGUCCUCACUUCUUUAAAGGCUUUUUUGAGAUUUCAGACUUUGUUUUAAGGGUUAAAGGUUACAUGAUCAUGAUAAUUAACUGAAACUGUAUUGUGUGGUUACAAAACGAACUAAAAUUAUAGUGAAAAUGUCCUUCGUUUUCCUCUUUGUCAACUUUUUUCAUACAUAAUGAAGAUGGAUCAGACAAAGGAAAUAAAGGCAAAAUUUACUGUGACCUCUUUUAAUCUCCCACCCAACAAAUACCCCAUUACAAAAAACUACAACUAAUAAAAACUAAACUAAAACUAAAGCAUUUAAAAAACAAAAAAUAAACUAAAACUAGCAAACUCACUCUAAAAACUCAUUAAACUAACUGGAUCUGAAAACAAAAAAUCACAACAAAAUUAAAACUAAAACUGAUGAAAAAUCCAAAACUAUUAUAACCUUGGUAGUUCCAAUGAGGGUCCUCACAAAGAUAGGAGUACAAGAAUGUGUGUGUGUGUUACUGUGUGUGUGUGUGUGUGUGUGUGUG